AAAGAAAGAAAAAAAAACAUGAAAAUGGGAAUGGGUUUAGUGCUCCUUACAGUUUUCAUGGCUGUGAUGUCUUCUACAAGAGUCUCUGCUCAGCAGUCGAGUUGCACAACCGCUUUGAUAAGCAUGUCGCCAUGUCUCAACUACAUAACCGGAAACUCAACCUCUCCUUCUCGCCAAUGCUGUAGUCAGUUGUCUAACGUUGUCCAGUCUUCUCCUGACUGUUUGUGUCAAGUACUCAACGGUGGAGGAUCUCAGCUUGGUCUCAACGUUAACCAAACACAGGCUCUUGCUUUGCCUAAGGCUUGUAAUGUUCAGACUCCUCCUGUUAGUCGCUGUAACAACGGUGGUGGCUCUACCGCUGACUCUCCUGCAGAUUCGCCAAACUCUUCAGGACCAGGGAAUGGAUCCAAAACUGUACCAGUAGGGGAAGGAGAUGGACCAUCUUCUGAUGGAAGCUCUAUCAAAUUCUCAUUUCCUCUUCUUGCCUUCCUUUCCACGGCUUCCUACAUCGCAAUCUUCUUGAACUACUGA